AUGGCGGCGUCAUUUGCGUCCAGUGCGUUUGUGAUCACAGGGGGAGGGAGUGGAAUAGGACUGGCCACGGCUUUACAACUGCUUCAGAAGGGGGCGACGGUUCAUGUCAUCGAUCUUGCUCCUUGCCCUCCUCCACAGCUGGCGGAGUCUAACAACGGCAACAAAUUGUAUUUCUACGGCUCUGUGGAUGUGUCCUCCAGAACAGCGGUCCACGAGGCGUUUGUCAAAAUUUUCAGUCGCAGCCCCGAUCUAUAUGGUCUGGUGAACUCCGCUGGGAUCUGUCCAUCGAGUGGGAUCCGCAUUGAAAGCGACGAGACGUACAAGAGGAUUAUUGGAGUCAACCAGGAUGGAACGUGGAACUGUUCGACCGAACUCCUACGACGAAUCGAAAAAGAAGGCGUCGGGGCGGCAAAACCUGGACGAGCAAGUAUCGUGAACAUUGGCUCAAGUGCCACGUUGAAGGGGUUUCCUACUCUAGGGGCCUAUUGCGCCAGCAAACACGCCGUUCUUGGACUGACCAGGACCUGGGCCGAAGACUUCGCUCCCCUUGGUGUACGGGUCAAUCUGGUCGCUCCGGGGGGCACUGAUACGCCACUCACUCGAUCUGUGUUGGCGCGUGCUCGAGAAACGGCUCCCGAUGGAGGCAAGUUGCUAGAAGCGCAUGCCCUUGCAAUGGUCCCUAUGAAAAGAGAAGGUACCCCUGAGGAGAUUGCGGAUGCGGUAAUCUUCUUGCUGGGAGAGACAGCUUCAUUUGUCACUGGACAGGUUCUGGCAGUUAACGGUGGAUAUCCCUGA